AAAGCAAAAUAACAUCAGAAAAGCGAGACUUUCGGUUUAGGUAACACGGCGUAUGGCUACUUUCGAAGUGAUUUGAUUCACUGAAUUCCUGUAUUUUUUUGCCACUAGUAGAGACAUACUGUAUCUGUAUUCUGUUCAAUUGAUUCUUUAAUUUUAACGCUUGUCAACAGCGCACAAAGGCUUCGAUAGCCAUUACUAUUUAGUAUUUACACUUACUCAAGUAUACUUUUGUUCCGUGAUAUUUUUUAGUAUAUUUUUGUUGUUUGUGUAGCCUGCCGCUCAUAGUCUCCUCUUAUACAUCUAGUCACUUACCUGUAAAUUCCUUGUGAAAAUUAAUUGCAAUAAUAAUAUAUUUGCAUUAGUCAAGAUUUGCUACAAUCAAAAUCUCAAGUUUAGUUGCAUACGCAUUUAUAACCGACACGAUCGUGUUGGCGACAUUCACCGUCAGCUUUGAUCAUUGCAUCAAGCCAUGGCUCAUAUUUGCUUCCUUAUUUUCCUAAUUCUUAUCCAUUACUCUGCCGCGGCUAUGAAUAAAGGCUUGCAUGGAAUGUAUACCAAUUUUGACUACCUUCCUUCCGAUACGAGAUUCGCUGAUCAAGGAACGGCUCCUGUUUUCGACACCGAUUCAACAGCUGUUCGGGAGACACUAGACAAACUUUUUCCCAUCAUACGCAAAAUCGGUCCGCGUCCGGCGCCAAGUGCUCAUAGUUCCGACUUGUCACCGAUGUCGCGCGUCGACGUCUCUCCAGCAGACAACGAUGCCGAAUUAUCAACGAAAUUUUUCAACGAUCUACUGGCAAACUAUUCUUCCUUUAAGUAUAUCCCUAUGCGCCACAUUAUAACAACUUCAGGGAAAACGACGCAGUUUCCCGUAUCGGUCGAUGCUUGUCAGCUGGCCCGCUGGAAUUUUGAACUGCCAUUAACCAGAAUUCCCAAUGCCAUUUUGCAGAUUGUUGCCGACAAAACCCAAUGGCCAAAAGACCUAAAUCAGCAAAAAAAUACUAUGGCCCAGCUGCUUAACGCGUUACUGCUGGGAAUCGGCUCCCACUACGCACGCGCCAAGGAAGACUAUUCCUACUACGACUUCUUCACGCUGUCCGGUCAAGAUCCAUCAGGAUCGGCAGUCAAUUCAGCCGAGUGUGAUUCUGCUCUGGAAUACUCUUACAGGAUGUCCGUGCAGGCCCUUUUAUAUGUAUACAAUUUAACUGUGACGGCUCCAGUUUAUUUGGAAAGUUUAGUGAAUGCCGCUGGGGGAUGUUUAAUCCAACCUGAUAAAACUACACUGGGAGAUUAUCCUCCAACAGAGCGGUUACCGUGUUUAGAUUAUGCAUUCGAUGCUGCCCAACUACUGAGAUUGACAAAUAGCUUUUCUGUUUUUGGUGCAAACGAAUUAUGCAGCUCUCGUCUGACACCGCCUCUCAGUACCUGCUUAACGGGAUCGGCGGCGUACGAUGGUUGUGGAGGGGAUAGCUUGGUUGCUCUUUCCAUCUUCGCCCGGAGUUUCUAUUUGUGUUCCAGAAUUUUUCCCCGUCAAGCGCUGGAUGACCUUGUUACUGCCAGAAGCAAUAGAACCGGAUCUGCUUAACCGGCCAAAACAGUGUCAAAUUCUUAUGAGAGUCGUCCGGAAGGGGGAGAUGUACCACGCGUACGGAAUCAAUAUGGAAUAUAGUGAAAUCGAAUGCGGAACAUGUGUUGGUUAAAUUUGCACUUACAUAAUUUGCACUUAUUUAGUGAUUUGCAUAGGGCUUUAUUAUUACACACAAGUUAACUGCACAACUAGUGUGGACAAUGACCAUUGCAUGGUGUUCGCAACAAAUAUCUUGGUGGAACCUCAGUAAUUGUUCUAACCAUACAUUUUGUGACAAUCUGGCAUAGCCCAUAGGCCAUAACAAAAAAGUGUGGAUUCGUUGCGGAAGUGAACAUGUACAACCACAGAACAUACCGUA